CAAAUUAUUAGUUAUUCCGUUAUCUCUCAUUGUUACACACAUCUCAAGCACCUUGAGAGGCUUCUGAUCAGCUUAUUUAUAUAAUACGCAAACCCCUGCAAAGAGCACCAUUAAUUCCAAAAGAACAACAAGCUCAAUGGGAAGCAUAUCGAAGUUCUUAUUAGCUUUUCUAUGCAUCAACAUAUGGCUGCAAGCCACAGAAGCUCUUCGUCAUCAAUUCCGCGUUGAAACCGCAAAUGCACAUGACUUUUUGAGGGUUCACAACAAUGCACGAAAGAAAAUAGGACUUCCGCCAUUGGAGUGGGACGAAAAGCUGGCAGAAUUUGCUCGGUUCUAUGCCAACCUGAGAGCGGUUUCGGGGUGCGGGAUGAUCCACUCGAACGGGCCCUACGGCGAAAACAUCUUCUGGGGCGGCGGGAAGCAGCCGUGGGGCGGGAGGUUCGCGGUGAAGUCGUGGUCUCAUGAGAAGAAGUUUUAUAAUCACAAGACCAAUAGUUGCAUCCCUGGGCAAAUGUGUGGGCAUUAUACGCAGAUUGUGUGGAAGGACACAAAGCGUGUGGGCUGUGCUCGUGCUGCAUGCACAAAUGGAGGAGGGCAGCUCAUCAUAUGCAACUAUGAUCCUCCAGGGAAUUGGCUUGGAGAGAAGCCCUAUUAGACGUGAUUAAGAUUUGCACGCAGUUCAACUUAUAAUUAAUUGGGUUAAUUAUUGUGUCAUUACCAAUAAUCUUUUAAGAGUUAAUUAUUACAAGGAGAUGAUUGAGAUGGUGUGCUUUGUGUAUGAGAUCUUUGCACUUUCAUUGCUAGGAAGAAUGAAAAAUAAUAUGUAAAAAAGUUUACGAAGUAAAUCAAAAUUGGCCUCACAAUCGAAGUGCCGAAUAAAACUACAA